CAGGUGGACAAAAGCAAAAGGAGUCCGAGAGUCGAAACUUCCCUUCCAAAGGGACCGAUAUUUUCCCUCCAUCUUGGUCACUCUGUUUCCUUCUGUCCCUCUCACACCCAUACUCUCACAGAGUGUCGGAGGAGAACUCACACUGUGUGCAACUUUGCCGGCCAAUCUUUUGCUGCUGAAUUUUGUUCGAAGAUAGAAGGCAAAAAUUUCUGGAGCUGUUGGCAUUCAAGUACGUAGGGUAACUUCUCUUCCGAUUCUUGGCGCAGUUUUGGUCAACUAUGUUUGUUUUGUUAAUGAAAAGUUCUGGUUGGGGACAGUUUUGUUGUUGUUGUUGUUAUUUUUUUUUCUUGGUGGGUUCUGACGUUGUUGGUGCUCCUACGCGUCAAAAAAGAAAACCAGUUUGUUGUUUGGGAGAGUGAGUUGUUUGAAUGGUGUAAGCCAAGAUUCAUUCCAGAAUGGCAUGAAUUUUGGCCUAGAUUUGCUGUUAUUCUUGUGAGCGAAGACUCCAGAAGCCAUACGAACAGUCUUAUCUUCUUCUAGGUUUAGUGGAACGAUUAAGAAAAAUCCCCUUAAGGUUUUUGGGGUUUAUUGUCUCUAUGCUUUUCGUGUAUAUUCUGAUUUUUCAGGUUUGAUAAGAAAUGGUGAAGACCGAAAAGCAAGGGUUGGACGGCAGUGUCUCGCAAAGUCAGGGAACCGAAACAGAUGACCCCGGUAAUCACGGUCGUGCGGAUAGGCGUGUUCUCCGGUCGCGAUAUCUGGCCGUCAAGAAUUUAAUCAAUGACGAAAGGGAACAGAUCUCUAAGGCAGAUUCUGAUAAGUUCAAAUCGAUUAUCAAUGAAGUUGAAAACCUGCACCAGUUAGUUCAGAAACCCAGGGAGCAAGUUGCAGAUGCAGAGGCUCUUCUGGACAUUGCUAACACUCUGGUGACUUCUGUUAAGUCUCAGAAUAAUGAAGGAAUUACGCCUGCGGAUUUUAUAACUAGUCUCUUAAAUGACUUCAGAGUAAAUGGAUCAAUACAUGGAGAAAUUGCUCAAAGUUCCAUAUCAUGGAAGGAAGUUGGUAUCACUGUUUCUCAUAUUUUCAAGAGGGCUCCAGGGUUGUGUACCAUGCUUGGUCCGAUGGAUAUGGAAUUGAAGCAACGAAAGGCUGUAGUUCAUAGAAAAAGAACACGGCCCACAACCAGCACAAGGCCAGAGGAGGUGGAGGAGACUGUUGCAGAGCAGAAAAGUGACACUGAUAAGAACAUGUUAACCAUGUUUGAUAUCUUGAAGAAGCAAAGGCGUGUCCGCCUUGAGAAUUUGGUGUUGAACAGAAGCUCUUUCUCGGAGACAGUGGAGAACAUAUUUGCAUUAUCAUUUCUUGUCAAAGAUGGUAGAGCUGAAAUUGCUUUGGAUGACAAUCAUCAUCACUUUGUGUUGCCAAGAAAUGCUCCUGCUGCAAACAUGGUCACCAGUGGGGAGGUUUCUUACAGCCAUUUUGUCCUUAGGUUUGACUUUAAGGAUUGGAAGUUAAUGAAGGACCAAGUUAGGAUCGGGGAAGAAUUAAUGCCAUGCAGAACUAGGGCAAGUGCGGCAGAAACACUUGAUGAUGUGAGAUAGAAACGUUCCCAACCAAUACUUACCACUUCUGGAGAAGCGUACGAGAAAAAAAUAGUCAGGCCACUGAAGAAACCAUUUUGUAAGGGGGGAACAUCAAAUUUUCUCCUGAACUGGAGCUGGUGCUGCUGUGAAUGUUCAGAUUGGUUUUACCUGAUGAACGGAAUCCAUCUUUUGCUCAAAAGUUUGUAGUGAGCACCUGCAGGUAUCUUGCCAAAAGGGGAGGAAAAUUAUUGCUUUCCUUAACUGUAGAUAGUUCUGAACAUAAAUACUUACCUUGCCAAGUCUGCGAUAUUUGGUCUCCUACCGGAGAGCUUGCAUCUCUAGUAUUGCUCCGGUUAUCAUUACACUUUUGUACACUUCUUUCCACUGCCUGUAUAUUCUUUUCAUCUCUACUGUCAAAGCAGGACCUCAGUCAAGAGUUUGUAUUGCAUCAUUUACAGUGCAAGUAAAUCUGUAGUAUGACUGAAACUUGCGUAGGUUUUUAAUCUUGGAUUACCAACAUACUCAUAAAAGUUCGUUUAAUCAACUCAGUCAUCAAUAACUGUGCCAGCUCUCUGAAAAAAUGAUGAAGGCUUUGAUUUUGUAA